CAAUGGAACAGACGGCUUUGGAAUGUUCCAGUCCAGGGACAGAAUACGACCCGACAGUAAGAGUCAGCUUGAACUUGAGAGCGGCAAAACCACUGGGACUCAAGUAACACACCCCACAUCGUACCUGGACACCAUGCUCCACAUCUUCAGAGGUAACAUCGGCAGCGGAUUGCUGGCAAUGGGAGACGCCUUCAAGAACGGUGGCAUCGUGUUCGCACCGAUCAUGACAGCCAUUUUGGGCGUCAUGUGUGUUCAUGCACAACAUUUGUUGUUAAACUGUUCAGAAGAUAUGCACCGCCAGACAAAACGUGACAAGCCGCCAGGGUUCGCCGAAACCGUGCACCUGGCAUUCCAGAACGGGCCCGUGCGCAUGCGCCCACUCGCCAACACCAUGAAGAUACUCGUCAACACGUUCCUUUGCAUUACGCAGCUUGGAUUCUGCUGCGUUUAUAUCGUCUUCAUAGCGAAUAAUCUUAAAAUGAUCUGCGAUCAGUACAACAUCAACAUCGACCUGUCAAUCCACAUGAUCAUCGUGGUGAUCCCCGUACUACUCUCCUGCAUGGUGCGGAACCUCAAGUACCUGACACCCUUUUCGACCAUUGCUAAUAUUAUGAUGGCGGUGGGUGUGGCCGUGGUGAUCUACAAGGCUACCCUGGACCUUCCUGUCAAUACGAGAACCUACCUGGCUUCCUGGCAGCAAUUGCCUCUGUACUUUGGAACUGCUGUUUAUGCCUUCGAGGGAUAGGAUUGGUGAGUUUAUUAUGUGCUUCCCCUGAAGAAUGAGAUGAAGAACCCUGAAGAGUUCCAGAAACCGUUCGGAGUGCUCAACGUGGGCAUGGUGGUUGUGGGCUGCAUUUUCAUCACUGUAGGAUUCCUAGGGUAUUUGAAGUGGGGGGAGGAAGUGGCUGGAAGUCUUACCCUGAACUUACAACCUGGAGAAGUAAUGAGCAACGUGGUGCAAGCACUGAUCGCCCUGGCCAUCCUGUUCACGUACCCACUGCAGUUCUACGUGCCAGUGGACAUCACCUGGCCCCCUCUGAGGAAGAGGUUUGCGCGCGCCUCGCCUGUCGCCAAGGAACUUGGCUACAGGGCACUCUUAGUACUACUUACUUUUAUACUGGCGGAGUCUAUUCCUCAACUGGGCCUGUUCAUUUCCCGUGGGGCAGUCAGCAGCACCGCGCUGGCACUCAUCUUCCCGCCCCUCAUCGAGCUGGUCGCCUCAUCUCAGAAGCCGACGGGCAUCACCACCUUCAUGGCUAUCAAGGAUAUUGUAAUCAUACUCCUGGGUUUGUUCGUUUUCGUCACUGGAACAUACGAAAGUAUAGCCAGCAUUGUCAGAGCAUUUCAGAAAUAACUCGUGAAGUUUCUGAUUUGGCAGCGAAUGAUGCACAGUGUUGUUAUAACUGAUGUCGAUGGAAGAUAAUUUAGUAAACUAUCUAGAACGGGGUAAAUAAGAUUUUUGGGACGGGAAUGAAUGUUAUUCUUAGCGAAAAUUAUUUUCGGUUUGGUCAACAUAACUUUACACAAAAACCAAUGUACCAAUAUUCCUAAUGAAAUCGAGAUAUUGAUUACAAAGUUGUUUAAUCUAGUAAUAAUUUCCAACUAAAUGUCUUUCCUUGCCGUACCUUGACUCUUGACUACCCUGUUUUACCGAUAAUAAUAUUAUUAUUUAUGUCGCUGUGCAUGUUAUAUAGUGAUGAAAGUUUAAAUAUUUUAUAUACGGGUAAAAAUAAUAUUGUUUUGCAAGAUAUGUAUAGCGUCACGUGCUGUAGCGAAACAUAUUUUACCGUAGGUAUGCUUGCAGUAUUUACUAGGAUUUUAACUGAAAAUGACAUGUCCAAAAAAUACUCUUAAACAGCAAGAUCACAUUGAAAAUCAAAAAUGUAUAAUUAACGUAAGAGUAAUGGUAAAAGUAUUUUUUUUAUAUUUUAACCGUACAAGUUAGGGGUAUUAAAUUAUUUAUUAUUGCGUCGUAGUAAGUAUAGCCAUAAAUUUUUAAAGAUUUAUCAUUACCUUCUUUCGGAUAGUCAAGAAAAUGGCGUCAAAGGUAUAUCUCAGUCUACUGCCAAAAUCUACCUGGAUUCCUGAAAUGUCUGAACAUUUCAUGGCAUGAAUAUUGUCUGCAAUAUAAUGUGGCACAGAAUACAACGAAGUUUUUGACAGAUAGUUAUACAAGUGUAGGCAUUACAACUGUACCCUAGUAUAUAAAAUAGACUAUAAUAGACGGCGGAUAAAGUAGAAGGUAAUGAGAAUUUAAUGUUACCAGUGUGUAUUGUGUAUGUAAAUUAACAUUGUGUUGUUUAUUCUGUAGAUUAAAAUGUCCUGAAAA